AUGACCAAGCAGACAACGGCGGCCAAGCGAACCAACCUCGCCAAAUCUUUGGCACGAGCAAGCGCCAAGUUGGCAGCUGCCUCGAGAACGCUCUCCCAGCCCGCUGAAGCUCCCGAAGUUGGCCGAGGAAAGAUGCCCUUCUUUGGCGGCAAGAAAAAGGGCGAGCAGCAGCCCCAGCCACAGCGACAGCAGCAGCGACAGCAGGAAAACCAGCGCACCUACCAAGAGGCCCAGCCUCAGCGAGUUCCGUUGGCUCCUCCCGCGCCCAAGUAUCCCACUCGCGCGCCAAAUGGCGUCAACUUUGUCGACGUGGACGCUGACCAGCUGAGCUACUGCAUCGACGGCGCUUCUAUUUUCGAAGACAACCUUCGAUUCCUCCGCCUCACCCAGGCCAACACCGUUCUCGAGCGCGCCGCCUUCGCCAAGGAAAUGUGCGACAUCCUCGACGCCGAAGAGACCCAAGAGCAUCGCCUUGUCAACGAUCUGCGCGCGGAGCGGGUCAAAAUUUUGAUCCGAUCGGCCAAUGGCCGCGUCCUUGAUAUUUGCGGUCGCAAUUUUUAG